AGGAGAUUGGCGUGUGCAUUACGUAAUCACAAUUGAGGAAAAAUAUCGUUGUAUAGUGUUAAUCUUAAUUACGCGUUAACCAAAUAAUCGUUCAAUAAAUUGACUUUUCCAGUAAAAAAGUCAUUUAAUAGCACAUUUUGUGCUUACGUAUUCAUAGGUAUGGAAUACCGUUUCCCCGUGGGCUACAAUAACUGGACCAAGGGCACAGUUGCCCUUGGCCACCUCAGAGAAGGCCUCCACCCAAUCGUAGUUACUGUAAUGCAACGUGACUAUAAAGCAUGCAUUAGACGGAUAGAACGAGAGUGUAAAAUAAAGCAUUACACAUGUUCAAAUUGUUCCACAUUGACGGUCAUCCCUUCUCAUGAAAAAAGGUUGUGCAACUACCACAAACCGGCUAAAUGUAAUUGCUCUAAAUCACGCGGGACCAACACAUGUCCACAAGCGGGCAUAUGUGGUUUACUUUACCACUACAUUAUAGAGGCGCAUACUUAUAAAUCACCGUUUUGGAGUAAUUGUGAUUUUCGGCAGAUUUCGCAGAAUGAUUGGGAGUUCAUCAAAUGUUUUUUGCCAGGAUAUAGAGAGGAAACCAUGAAACGUUGCGACGACUUCGAUCCGGCUGAUUUGCUGAACAUUUGUCUGCAUUAUCGAAAGCUUUCCAAACAGUUUAGCAACGAAGAUAUUUUAAAAAAGGCAAAAUAUGCGAGAAAUACAAUUAUGCACUCCGGCACGUUCGAACUAGAGAAUAAAGAAGUCAAUACUUUUAUUGAUUACUUCAUAACCGUACUAAAAGAGAAGCCCUGCCAAGGAGAACACGUGGACAAAACAAACGAGGCUAUACGGAGACUAGAAAAGUUGAAGAGCGAAACGAUUAUUGUAUCUACUAUAUCAUCCGUGUGUGGACAUAGAGAUGCCGUCAAAUCCGUAUUAGAAGAAAUAAAAAUUCUUCAUAAAAAGUCAGAACGCCUUAAAGCAUAUGAAGGUGUGGAGGAAGAUUGUACUGUUGAUAUGGAGAACGACAAACACACUACAGAACAGAAAACAAAACUAACUCUGGAUGACAUUAAUGAACGUCUGGAUUCAUUACAUGAUAUUGAACAGAAACACAUGGAAAUGUUGGAAAAACACCAAGAACAGUGCGAGGAAAUUAAGGUGGUCGUGGACGAGAUCCGUUCACUCCAGAGCACGGUUUCAUACAUAAAGCAGAUAACCACUGAAACACACGCAGAUGUAAAAAUCGUGCAAAGUUCUGUAAAUGAGAUGAAAACGAUGAUGACAGACUUACAUCGGUGUUUUGUGCAAAACAAUGUGCCAAUUCCAGUUACACGAAUGGAGAUACUUGCAACAAACAUCGAUACAUCCAAGGAGAAGAAGUUCCAUGACAAGUUAACAACAGAAAACACUAAAGAAGAUUCGGAAUGGGAAGGAGUUAAAAAGUCCUACACAGAUUUUACAGAAAAGAUCUCAGGAGAGGAUGGGCAAAACAUGAUGGAAGUAACAGAAACUAAGCAAGAGUGCUUGGCAGUCUACAUACAGUGUUGGUCUCCAAAAGCUAUCCUCAAACUUUGCGAAGACUGUGUUUUUGGAAAACUGACGGCAUUGUUGAAGCCGGUGGAAAAGCAACUGAGGAAAAUCCACGGAUACGAGCUUGUAAGCUUAGAGAUUGUCAUCUACUGGAAAGACUUCAUGAGAUGCUUCGAAACGAUUGUUCGUCGUCUUAAGCGAAGUUGUUCACGACAAAGACCAUCGAGCCUUGCGAACGCGCUGAGAUCGAACGGUUUUGCACGAUGUCUAGAGGCAAACGGAAUUUCAAGACCAGUGCAUAUAGGUGCGAACAAUCAACACGAACCGAUUGAAGAGAAUGCAUAUGCAAAUUAUCCUGAAACCUCCUUAGAAGAAGCCGUUGCAAUUGAAGGUCGAGAUAGAGCUGUGCUUCUGCAGACUUCUCUGACUUGUGAUCAAAGUCUAGACGCUAACUUUGAUGGCCGUCCACAAACCAAACAAUAUGACCAAGUAGCCGACCAUGAAAGACAAGACAAAUCCAACCACGACGAAAUAGAUAACACUGACGAUGCAAUGGUCCCUGUCGAUUCGCAAGACAGCUUGGGCAAUGUUGAAGAUGACUGUGUCGUCUUAACAACAGAGUUGCUUCAUCAAGAUGAUAUCGUGCCAUUCACCAAAUUACAAAACGAAGAAAAUGUUGAGAAAUUUACGUGUCCGACUAUUGACCAAAAUUGCUCUGGCGAUCAGCCUUUACAUGGAAAUGAUGACUGCCGCCAGCGAAAUGGAGCUCAGCUGACAAUUGAUAUCAAGGAUACCUCGACAUUCCAUGAGACUAUCUCUGAACCUCAGAAUAACAAGACAGAACCCGAAACUGAAAUCCAGAAUAUCUUGCCUUUAUCCGACAAUACCCUUGCAAUCAAGGAUAAAUUGAGAGUUUCUGAACCUAACAUCGUAGCGCAGAAAAUGAGUCCUCCUGUACCAAAACCACGUCCCAUAGUGGUUGUUCCCCCGCAGGGUGGAGAUCAUUACAAGACCGAUUUGGCCCUCGAGGAAAUGACACACACGCGUUGGAAAUUCGGUGAAACUGAAGUCGUAGAAUUGGUCUCAAGGUGCCACGAAGAUACGUUGGAUGUAGAACUCAUGGCCAGGUACCCAAUUAAUAAAAAGAACAUAUCGCCCGAUAAAAUGUUGAAAGAAAGAGUGAAAGAACUAUCAACAUACAAAGAAAGAAUGCACGCUAUGCUGUAUGCAGAGGAGAUAGAAAGGACAGCUAUCAUAUCAAGGAUGAACAUGAGGUGUUUACUUUUGCCCAAAACGAUACUAUCGCCCUCUGGUAACGGUCCAGUUAUGUACGCCCAGAAUGGAUUCCUUUUUGGCCAAAUUAAAGUUGACUCGUCCAGAAGUGCUUUGUCCCCCGAUUCUCCACUUGGUCGACUUGUUCAGAACGUUAGCACGCUGUGGCUUGCACAAUCUAUGAAUGGAAACCAAAAGCCUGAAAAGGUUUAUGAGUUGACUAUUGAAAGCGUUCGACGCGACUCGAUAGACGUGCAGAUACCAGAAAAUUGCGUGGAAGAUCUCAAUCUGAAACCUGAUGUUCCAUUUAAAGCAGAGGUCCAGCUACAACUUAACCGAUUAUGGCUUUGCGAGAUGCAUAACGCAGUGGACAGCUUGGAAACAAACACGUGUAUUUACCCAACCAUUUUUCCACCAAUACAAUUGACUGAUGCCAAAGUGUUCAGACUAACGUCUUUGGAUGACGAAGAUGUCAAAAGAUGUAACGAAGUCCAGUUGAAUGCAAUAAUGAAGAUCUCCCUUCCAAUGGACGGCAUGACUCCACCGUUACUGAUUGUGGGACCUUUUGGGACUGGAAAAACGUACACCCUUGCCCAGGCUGCAAAAUGUGUAGUGAAAGUGCCAAGCACGCGGGUGUUGAUAUGCACUCAUUCUAACAGUGAGGCGGACAUUUACAUAACUGACUAUUUCCACGCCUUCUUUGUCAAUGGCAACAAGGAGGAUAAGCCACUCCGGAUUUAUUAUGAGAGACGUAGGCCUGAAACAGUAUCGGAAAGUGUUAAAGGUUAUUGUUUAAUGACUGGCAACGCGUUCAGGCAGCCUAAUCUAGAAGACAUAGAAAAACAUCGAAUAAUCAUAACAACUGUUAGAUCAGCAAAGUUGUUGUCAUACCUAGAAAAGGUGAAAGGAAUGUUUACCCACAUAUUUCUGGAUGAAGCUGCCCAGGUUCUUGAGACGGAGCUGUUGAUACCUUUGGCUUUGGCGGAUCAAAACACCAAAGUCGUUCUUGCCGGAGACCACAUGCAGAUGAGCCCGCAGAUCUAUUCCAGUCUUGCUCGUAAGGAGGAUUUCCACGUGUCUUUGAUCGAAAGGCUUUACAACACGUAUUCCCCUAACAGUCCAUACAGGGUGACCCUCUGCGAUAAUUACCGGACAAACUCCCACAUAACGAGGUUCAUGUCCGAGCUAUUUUAUGAUGGCCAGUUGAAAAAUUCAGCAGAUAUACCUGCUCACCCGGACAUGUACCCGCUGUCAUUUCAAGUAGCAAAAGGAAAAGAGGAGCCGUCUGAUCUUCAAGGAGGCUAUUGCAAUUAUGCAGAGGUUGCGGCGAUUGUAAAUACAAUUCAAAAGUUAAAGCGUAACUGGCCUAUUGACAUUUGGAACGAAUUCAAAGAAAAUGAGAUAUGCGUAGUUGCCCCAUACAAAACCCAGAUUGAACUAAUUCGAGGUGAAAUCAAGAAAGAGUUUGGCCAAGUAAAUGUUGAAAGAGUGACUAAUGUUCAAGGCAAACAGUUCAGGGUGUUGAUCAUCAGUGUGGUUCGCACUUGCAAUACGCACAAAAUUGAAGACAAUACGGACCUUGGAUUCCUGUCAAACAAGAAAGUUCUCACGACAGUUAUUACAAGGGCAAAGUCUCUUGUGAUCGCUGUGGGUGAACCAGAGACAAUGUGUACAGUCGGCGAAUGCAGUGGUAUAUGGACACGCUACAUUGAUAUCUGUCGUGAGCAUGGCAGCUUUAAUGACGGGAAUAUGGACAUGUUUGAACAGCAAUGGGACAGUAUGGAACACAAAUGUGACAGCAUGGAUAUGAAACUUAAUCCAAUGGCUGAGGAAUUUAAACCAUCACUUGAAUCAGAAAUUGACGCAGUGUACAAAAACAUUCAUUCACCUUCAAUUGUGGUAACAGCAUUUGCUCAAUCCCACGUGUUCGACAAUGGGAUGAAAAAAGGACAAGAAAAUGAUACUCGCGUGAUUUACGAGAUGGAUGCAAGUGCGUGCAAUACCAUUUGUGAAACAAACGAUAAACGUAGUCCUUCAAAAAAUGAGGACCAACUGCCAGAGGACCAGCAAGACACUGUAGCCGAUUCCACCCCACUAGUGAAACAACAAACAGAUGAAGCAUUUACGAACAAAGACGUUCAUUCAUCUGACAUUUUGGUAACAGCAGAUGCUCAAUGCCACGUGUUCGACGAUGUGACGAAGAAAGGGCAAGAAAUAGAUUCUCGUGUGCUUUACGAGAUUGAUGUUAGUGCAUGCAAUACCAUUUGUGAAACAAACAAUAAACUGAGACCUUCAAAAAAGCAAGACCAACUACCAGAGGACCAGCAAGACAUUGUAGCCGAUUUCACCCAAUUGGUGAAACAACAAACAGAUGAAGCAUUUACGGGUGAUGUAAAACCAAAGGUAACCAAGAAAAUAAUAUCAUCAAGUGCAGUUUCAAAAAAGGGCGCGGCAGUAAAGACCAAACCAAAGCAGAAGAACAGAACCAAGCACGGCCCAUCGUUUCCAAAUGUUUUACCUGGAGAACACCUCGUUCAACAGAUAAUGAAGAAAACUUCAACUUAUGUACAGGUACCGUCCCAUGGGCACGUUUUCAUACAACCACCUAAACAAAAGGAAGAAGCGAAGAAAACUACAUUACAAGAGGGUGAUGUUUUGGAUUAUAAAGAAAGUAAUCAGUUAUGUGCGUAUUCCGGACACCGUCCAUAUUCGGACACCACCAGUCCAGAUCCAACUUCAAAGGAUAUCGAGAAAGAAUUGAAACAAAAUAUCGAUCCGCGGAAAGACAUUGUUUCUUUUCCAGAUAUGUCAAUAGUUGGUUACGAACGGAAUGUAAGCACGCCUUAUUUUACAAUCGGGACUCAACCAUACCAUUCACUGCCUGCUUACCAUGUUUCUGCUUCAAGUAUAUGCAUGCCAACGCCCACAUGGUUACACAACACUCAAUACAUACAUACUGUACCACGCGUUAUCCAUCCAUCAAAUUCACCAGUGCCUACACCGCUGAAACCCUCCCCAGAAAAAGAUAGAGGGAUACAUAAUACGGACAGGAGAUAUAAGAGAGGCAAGGCCAACAGUCCAAUGAGCCUGCAGACGUUUCACGAGAUCACUGAAUAUGCCGGGUCUCCUGCGACCGGCCUACUGCUAAACCCUUCUGGGACGUAUGCCGGUGCUGUAAAGGGAUACCUUUGGGGCCAUCAAGACAACAAUCAGUAGUGAAUCUUUUAUCAAAUGACAAAUACAUCGUCCAUUGGUCGUGCUUUCAAAACGAAUGUUAACCACUCACUAAAUCACCGGUCGCUCCACCCAACUAGUCGCGUAACCUAUAGAUUGUAGAACUCCAUUAAGCGACAGCAGACGACGCGCAUGUUAUGAAUAUGCUUAUUAAAGGAUGAUUUUUGAUAGUAUUUACUACCUUGUAGGCUGAAAAAGAGCGUUUAUCGAAUUACAUAUAAUCAUAAAUUAUUUUAUUAUAAUCGAUAUUCACAUAAAUUUUGACUAUUUAUUUGAUUUAAAUCCCGCUUUACUAAAGCUGAAAUUAUAUAACAUUAAGGUAUUAUAUUGUAGCUUCACGUUAUUUACGGUAAUGCGAACAACGGUUAUUGUAAUUGUUCAAGUGUAUAUUAUUUGACAUAUAAUGUAAAUAUGACUUGGUCUACAUAUUUGGCAGAUUUUCUUAUUAUUUGUUUACUUAUGUUUCCUUAAUUGUACAUUAUAAGGCGUAAGUUAACCUCAACGUAUGUAACCAACUAGCACAUACGUUGUAAAGAUCAUUCAUUAUAUAUUUAAAUAGUAUCUUUCAUGAAAAGAUAUGUAGGUAUAAUAUCAACAAUCAUUAAAAAACGUUUUAAAGCUUAACGGUUAAGGUAAAGAGUUAACAUGGAAUGACGUUUUAAUAUUAAUAAGACUGCUGCUAAAGUAAAUAGAGAAAUUCAAAAAUUAUACAUACAAUAUAUAUAUCUGUAAUAUGUUCGCAUUUAAUAUAGUUGUUUGGAUUAUAUUUCGCGAAUGUGGCUGAACGUCCACUUUCAUGAUUGUUAAAGAUUUUCAAUAUAACGCUCAUUCGAAUACUACGGCACUGUUUUGCGGCGACAAGACUCUGUAACGGGGUGGGUUGAAAAAUCGAUAUCUGACUGGUUGAUCGCGUGUUAUCAGCUCCUUUGAAAGCUUGCGAAUGGUGAAUUAAUUUAAAACGUAAUGCAAUGCUGAUACCAAUCGCGGUACAUUUAUUGUAUGUGUGAUCGAAACAUUUGUGUGUUUUUUUAAUGUUAUGUAAUAUUUAUGUGCCAAAAUAUACUGUCUCUUUUCGUGUGUUGGUUAACAUUUAAAUCUCUAUUUUGUAAUGUUUUGUGUGGACAACUAAUGUCUCUUGAUAUUUUUAUUCGUUUGAUAACAGUUUGUUGCGUAUUACUUUCAUGGUAUAAUUGCUCAAAAUGACAAUAUAUAGUAUUAAUGUUAACAAGAUAGUAGUUAUCGUUUGUGAUAGCAACGAUUCAAGAGAUCUCCAGAAAUUCAGAUCCUGUAUGAAAAUAAUUAUUUUGGUGACCGCAUUUGUAUUAAUUUUGUGUGUGUGUGUGUGUGUGUGUGUGUGUGUGUGUGUGUGUGUGUGUGUGUGUGUGUGUGUGUGUGUGUGUGUGUGUGUGUGCGUGCGUGCGUGCGUGCGUGCGUGCGUGCGUGCGUGUGUGUGUGUGUUUAUAUGUUUUUGUUUGUCUUUUCUAGUACAAAUGUUUUGUAAUUGACUGUUUGACAAUGAGUGUCAUGCCAUAAAUAAAGCUCAACACGUUAAAAUUAGGUUUUUCUUCUGCUGAUGCAAUAGUUGAUCUAUUUUUUGGUAAACAUAAGAAUACCUUUUAUAUCUUACUUAACCGUUAUAAUGAAAAUCUUUUAAUUUGAAUGAUACUGUUUGCAUUUAGUGCAUUCAUACAAAAAUGCUUGAAAUGAUUAUUAAUUGCCUUUUUCGUGAGUUUUGAAUCUAUUAUGAAAUUGAUUAUCUUCGCUUAUAUGUAAAUAGGUGACCAUAUUGUUAUUUGUGUAUACUAACUACAAUUGAAUAAAUAUUAUUUAUUAAAUUUUAAA